AUGGAUAAGUGGGAAGAAAUUGGUGAGGUGGAUGAAAAUUAUGCACCAAUCCACACAUAUCAAGUAUGUAGAGUGAUGGAACAGAGUCAGAAUAAUUGGCUUUUGACAAGCUGGAUCUCUAACAAAGGAGCCUCUCGGAUAUUCAUUGAACUAAAAUUUACCCUUAGAGACUGUAACAGCCUUCCAGGAGGUCUUGGAACUUGCAAAGAGACUUUUAAUAUGUACUAUUUUGAAUCUGAUUAUGAAGAUGGGAGGAAUGUGAAAGAAAAUCAAUACAUCAAGAUUGAUACCAUUGCAGCAGAUGAGAGUUUUACAGAAUUAGAUCUUGGAGAUAGAGUUAUGAAGCUAAAUACAGAGGUGAGAGAUGUUGGACCUCUGACCAAAAAGGGAUUUUACCUUGCUUUCCAGGAUGUGGGGGCCUGCAUUGCACUGGUAUCUGUUUGGGUCUAUUAUAAAAAGUGCCCUCUGGUGAUUCGAAACCUUGCCAUCUUUCCUGACACCAUCACUGGAGCGGAUUCUUCACAGCUACUAGAAGUCUUAGGGUCAUGCGUGAACAAUUCAAUGACUGAUGAACCUCCAAGGAUGCAUUGCAGUGCUGAAGGGGAAUGGCUGGUGCCAAUUGGAAAAUGCAUGUGUAAGGCAGGAUAUGAGGAGAAGAACAACACCUGCCAGG